AGUGUGCUACUAUGCCAUGUUGAAUUAGUCUUUUUGAUCUGUGGUUGAAUUGUCGAUAACUCAAGGCCUUGCAGCCCGUAACAUUAGGUAUACUAUUGAGCUUGAGCCCUGAUUUGAUCGAGUUGAGAAACGGAGAAAGAACUGAACACGCCCCCUGCUCUUCUGCCCUGUGUCCUUUUGACUUUUACAGUAAAUUAAAUGGCUACAUUAGUUUUAUAAUAUUCUUUGAAUUACAAUUUAAAAGUGACACUCGUAAUUGAUAAUGACAUAUUUUUCAUUGUGUUAAUCAAGAUAGUCGCAAAUUUGGUUUUGACCGGUGUUAUAAAUUUACAAGAGAAAUAAUGAAUGACAAUGGUUGCAUACACCUGAGUAAUUUUAAGGCCGCCAAAGGAACCCAUCCAUAUAAAAUUGUACAUGCAUUCUUUGUGUCAUGCACAUCUUUCGAUGCCAGGAGGUAUAAGGCUACAGCUUGUUUGUGCUUCGAAUGUGGCCAAUCAGGCCCUCGUAUGCACUCCUGCCUCCACUGCAUCUACUUUGCCUGUUAUGCUGGACACAUCCAGGACCAUUCCAAGUCUAAAAAACAUUUUCUGUAUGUUGAUCUGAGUUAUGGAAAUGUUUUCUGUGCCCAAUGUCAAGAUUAUAUUUAUGAUAGAGAAUUGACUGAAAUUGCCAUGGACCACAAGCUAAAGGAAGCUAAAUCUCUGGGUAUCAGUUUGCCAUAUGUGCCUUGGAUACCCAAUAAUAAUGAAGCCCUGGCACUUAGACGUCUACGCAGGCGGCGCCUCAUUAGCCCCCACACCACCAUAGGCCUGCGGGGCUUGCAGAAUCUUGGCUCUACCUGUUUCAUGAAUUGUAUAGUUCAGACAUUAAUACAUACUCCGUUACUACGUGAUUAUUUUCUGGGAGAGAAGCAUAAAUGCAAAGCGCAGAGUUCCGGGAAAUGCCUAGUUUGUGAAGUUUCCAAGCUAUUUCAGGAAUUCUAUUCGGGAGCAAAAACUCCACUUACACUUCAUCGUUUGCUGCACCUCAUCUGGACUCACGCCCGCCACCUUGCCGGUUACGAACAGCAGGACGCUCACGAGUUCUUCAUAGCUACGCUUGACGUUCUUCACAGGCACUGCAUGAAUGGAGUCGAAGAUACAGAAAAGAAAGAAAACGGCCGCUGCAACUGCAUCAUCGAUCAGAUAUUUACAGGUGGACUACAAAGUGAUGUUGUGUGCACAUCAUGCUCAGGUGUUUCCACCACUAUUGAUCCAUUCUGGGACAUCAGUUUAGACGUUGCCGGGCCCGGUUCUCUACAGGCCUGCCUAGAACGUUUCACUCGUGCUGAGCAUCUUGGAUCCGCGGCGAAAAUCAAGUGCUCCAACUGCCGAGUAUAUCGCGAAUCUACCAAACAACUAACAUUGGAAACUCUCCCCAUUGUUGCCAGUUUCCAUUUGAAACGCUUUGAGCAUUCAUCACAGAUUGAUAGAAAAAUAUCUGCGUUCGUAUCUUUUCCUGCAGAAUUAGACAUGACUCCAUUUAUGUCGACUCACCGUCGGGCGGUGGAUGUGGGCGCGACAGAUAACAAUAACGCACCAGAGGGCGUCUUUGAAGACAAUCGGUACUCACUAUUUGCUGUAGUGAACCAUUUGGGAUCGCUAGAUGCUGGUCACUAUACUGCUUACGUGCGCCAAAUGAAGGGAAGCUGGUUUAAAUGCGACGAUCACAUGAUAACGCGGGCCUCGCUUCGUGAGGUUUUAGAUAGUGAAGGAUACCUUCUAUUUUAUCACAAGACUGUUCUGGAGUACGAGUGUGACGUAUCUUAAGAUGUCACCUGUCUGUCUAAUAUUUAUCUCAAAAAAUUGUAUGCAUAAUUAUUACCAUGUAAUCUGAUGUUUAGCGUCAGAUGUUUUCAUUUGCUUAUGAAUAGGUAGUUAUUUAAAAGGCAUACUUUUGGACCUGUCGAAUUGAAUUGUAAGAAAAGUCAUGUUCUCUCUCGUGAUAUUAGUGCUUAGAUGUUUGAAGAAAAUCUUGAUGAUGAUCUUUUUGAUGUUUUCUGUGGAAAUAUUCACGAAUUUGUUAGUUGUAAGCUUAAAUGUAAUUACCACAUACAGGGUUAGUUAUAAAGGGUACGCCAAGACGGAUGAGUAUAAUAUCGAAACUUUACAUACAAAAUCCAAUAGUUACCAUGUGAUUUAUAUGAAAAGUUUAAUCAUUAUAUUGUCCGGAAGAGAUUGCUUAGCUAUCAAACCGCCUCUUGGACUAUUUACCUUCAUUAGUGUAAUCCUAUUGUUCGGCGUAAAGAAGUGUAAAGUAAAUUAAAAAAUAUUUUCUUAUUCCUACAGAGUUUUUCACUUUCUUGAAUAUUAUCACAGAGUUUUAGGUUGGUACAAACUUUUCAACUAACCCUGUGUAGAUAUUCUCUAUAGUUAGCUAUAAAAUGGUGUUUAAACAUUUUUCUGACGUAUAUACUAUGAUGUUUCACAACGCAUUGUUGUGUUUAAUGUUACAAUUUUACUGUAUCAGAAUUUCGGCGAGUGUCAUAUUAUAAUCGUGUAGGGUAUAUUUCACUAAAGUGACAUUUAAUGACUUUACAAUGUUAAAUUUUAAUUUCUAUAAAUGUAGUCAAAUACGAAUGAAAUCCAUAUGCAAAUAAAUACAAGUAAAUGAUUAAAUACAAUACAUUCUUAUUGCUGCAUAUUUUGUGUUCGUACCUAUAUUUUAAUUGGUUUGCAGAACAAAUAUUUCAAUCUACCUCGCUGCAACUCUUGUAUGCAUUUCACUGAAGCCUAUUUAAAAUGUCUGACUUUUUUUAUUUGUGAAUAUUGCUUGUAAAGUAUAUUUUAAUUUAAGGUUAAAUACACAUGAGGCUAAUAUAACUCGUAUUUUUGAAGAAGAAUAACUGAUUACCUGGUUCAUCGUGCGUUUGAAAGAUGUAAAUUGUGAUAGAGUAUAAAAUGUUUCAGGUGCUUGGAGCACCUGAGUAUGAUCUUUUAUUAUUAUUUGUAUGAACUGUUAAAAACAAAGUGUACAAUUAAUUUUAUGUAUAAUAUGUUUUUUAAAUUUGGCAUAUAAACAUAUAUUAUUCAUGACAAUAUGAGAUUUCUGAUAUAUUGUUUUCUUAAAUAUAAUGUUAACUAAGGCAGAAAAAUCAUAAUAAACAAUAAAAUAUUAAGAAUAUAAUAUAUGUAUGCCAAGUAUAAAAAACCAACACUAGGCUACCUGAUUCAUCGGUAUGAUAUUUUUGUUCGGUAAACUCGCGUGGUACUUGCUUAUAAUGAGCAAUAAAGCUCUCAUUAAAUUAUAGACAAACAAAUUUUGUAUCGAAUCAGAUCAGUAUGUAUGGGUUUUAAAGAACUAAUCUGUACUGACAAAUCAGGAAGUGAGCAUUUAAGUAACUGUGACAUUUAAUUUUGUAUAAAAAUCAAAAUAGUCAGCUCUGUAGUAGGUGUAGGCCUUUUUUGUAAAAUGAUUUCUGUGAUAUUUAAAAAAAAACAUUCAUUAUUUUUAAUGUAAGUAGGAAACCAGAUAUGUCUACUGCUGGCGUUAGGGGAACAAGAAUUUAGGUUAUGUCUCUUUUUUCAGAUCGUUUUCUUUGUGUAUCGCAAUAAGGUGUAUUUUUCGUUACGAAGGCAAAAAUGUAAAUGUGUAUAGAAAUAGUAAUGUUUGCUAUUUUAUCUGUAUUGUUUCUGAUUAUAUAAUGUCGUUUUUUUAUUUAUUUGUGUAAAUAUUUAUAUUUUAUUGUAAUUAAUAAUAUCUAAUGGAUGGAUGUUUUGUGGUGUUAUAUUAACUCAUGUGUAUCUAGCGUAGAUGGAUUUAAGUAGUUUAUAACCUUAUACGACUGAUAUUAGCUUAAUGUGAUAUUUAAUAUUUAUGACUUGUAUUAAAAUGUAGUUAGUUGUAUGGAUUUACAUCUGGAAGUAGUUUAAUUUUGUUUUCAUGAUUUUACGCUUAAAUGUAGGUACUAGCAAAAAGUGAGCAUUGUGUUAAUACACAUAUGUAUUUUUUUAUUAAUAAUAUCAAAUAACACUUUUUUAAUUAAAUUAGGUUCAAAUAGAAAUUUCACAUACGCUUAUAACGUAUGCUGGCGGGAUACCAUUGAAUAAUUUAUGUAGUUAUAAAUCCUACCAAGUAGUUUUAACUGACAAGACUUCCUCUUUUUAAAUUGCAGUAUAUUUAUUUAUGAUAUAUGUUAUUAAUUUAUUUUACACCAAAUCUGGAACUAAUCGAAUAAUAUUCAUUACUUUUACAACGGCGUAUUGUUUUUUUUCCCCGAGUCGCCUCUUAUGACAUAGGAAUGAAAAGGAGUGAUGUCGCAUUGUAUUAUUCAUCAUUACACCAAUUCAUUAUGUACAUAUAAAUUUAUGUUUAACUAUCGACUUUAGAUAUGUAAAAUAAAUUUCAUGUUUAAGGAAUUACUAGUUUAGGAGUAGUUUCCAUAUAAAAGUCACAACUAUGUUCAUUGUAGAUUCUAAUAAUUUCGAACAAAUUCGCCACUAUUUGCUAGUGUCUACUGUUUUACAAAUUAUGUUGCAUUUAAUAAUUUAGUAAUUCGGAUCCGAGCCUAAUUAUAUAUCUGAACUAUUAGUCCAUACUAUGAUGAAAAUGUGAUAGAGAAACGAUUUCGCUAUUAUGUAUAAUUAUUGCAAUUAUUAUUUCAGACUAUUAUUACUCAAAAUGUGAAAAAUAUUAUGUAUACUAUCCUUCUUAAUAUAUAGGAUAUAGGAAUUAAAUGGUGUUUAAAAUUCGAAUACAUGUAUAAAAAAAUAUAAAACAGGUGUAACAAAAAAAAAUGUAAUUUAUCCCUAUUGUUGUUGUUUAAAUUUGAUAAUCAUGAUAUCGUUAUUUAAUGGAGUAUUAUUAUUAAUUAUAAUGGCAUGAAAUAAUUAAUAUACAUACUAUUUGAGAUUGAUAAAUCUGGUUGAUUGAAAAUUUCUUGACUAUAAAAUAGCACUGAAUAAUAUUCCUCGAUUUAUUAAGUAAUUAUAAAUUGUAUUAUUUUAAUAUCGGUUCGAUACAAAAUCGAAUGGUCACAGAUGCUAAAAGUAUCGUUUGUGAUAAUGGCCUUAUGCGCCUUAUAGAAGUCUCUUUUAAAUUAAUCAUAUAAAAUCUGUAAUUUUUAAAAGAUUUAAAUUAGAUAUGUGCAUGGUGUUAGAAUAAAAAAUGAGAGGUAUACGUGUGAUUUGGAUGUGUGGUAUUUGUAAAUUGUAAAGGUAAAAGGUACCUUUACUAAAUAAUUGUAAUUUAAAACGCGAGUAAUGAAAAUGCCAACUGUAAGACUGAUUUUGGUACUGCGACAGUGUGAAAAGUAUCAAUAGGUGCUGCCUUUCUAAAACAUUUAUUUUCAUUGUGAUUGAACAGUGUCUAAAUAAUCUAAAUUAAAGCUAUUUAUAAUUUUAAUUAAUUGCCACCCUACAAGACACUGUUCACUUAUGAAUUCUUUUGGAUAGACACUAUUUCUAAUAACUUUAUAUUGACUAUCGGAAGUCGACUCCAUAUAUUUACAACCCUAAAAUUUAAAUGUGUCUAACAUCACAUACACAUUUAGAAAUUCUAUUUUACUGAAGUAAAAAAUACAUGUGACUGUCCACGCUAUUUUCAAUCAUCCAUAUAUGUCAUUCGUUGAUAAGGUUUCUAUAGCAAUGACAUGAUUAUUAAUAUUUAAAGUAAGUAAAUGUUCAAUAGAUUAAUCAAUAAUCCUUUCACUGAUGAUGUCUUGUUUGAAUGUUAAAUAUCAUACGUACACGUGUAGGUAUGAUUUAUGGAAUAAAA